ACUGCAACCGGAAGUUGCAUAUUUUCUGUCUGAGUUGACACUAAUUGUCCUGGGAAGGAGGGCGAGGAGAGUUCUGCUUUACUUUUCUCCAGCCUGUGUACACUUUCUUUGUUGUUGUGUAUAGUUAUUAGUACUGUGGACACGUUUUUAUGCCUCAUGAAAGUUAUCUUUUUCCUAACACGCUAACAGGAACUGUCCGUGGACUCCCAACGUUAGCUUGGAUUCAUCCAGACUCUCCAGGUUGAACGAUGCGAGCGAGCGGACUUUUAUUUGUGUUUUUCAUUUUAUCGAGAGGGAAAUGAGGGAAGAACAUAAAUGUUGUCACCACGAAGGGUUGUUUACAAAAGGAGACAAGGGGGAAAUGACACUCUGCUAGCAGAAGGAGACGCAUAAAGACAUAAAGGAAAUAGUUACAACCAUAAACCUCGUGGCACUCCUGUUUUUACUUAUCAUUUCUGGAUUAACUGACAACAGAUUGCCCUGGAUUUUCCCAUCCAUCUUUGUGAGGAAAUGACACAUUCACCAAUGGAGAACUGAGGGCGAACGGACAUCUACCCCCUCUCAAUAUGCUGGCUCUGAGAAUGGAGCAGGGCAGAGGAGGGGGUGGUGAGGUUGAUCGCCUGAAAAAGGGGCCUGCCGUGGCUUGGCAGGGACGCCAGUCCGGGAGACCCCCUUCUCACGAGCAGGGCGUUAACAUCAAGGAGAAGAUCUCCCAGUGGGAAGGUCGCAGUCAGCAGGGCAGCAGCCAGGAUGCUGGGGUGAGAGCACACCCUCAGAUUGUGUCCCGAAGUCUGUCUGGAGAUGUCCUGGGCAACGGGGAUUCAAGAGGCGGGCCUCAUGCAAAAGCCAGCCUCUCAAAAGCUAAGAGCUUAGAUUUUCGGGAAUCUCCAUCACAAGCUGGACACAGUGUGGUUAGUCGGAAGUCAGAACCUCUGCAGAAAUGUUCCACUGAAUUUUCAGCCAUAACCCCAGGAAAUAGACCACUCGCAGCAUCUAAAGUGGAGGCAAACUCCACAGGUGAACAAAUCGUCACUGCCAAUGGCGACAGAAAAAUGAAUCGCAUCUUGGAUGUUGAAGUAGUUUCUAAACCUCUACCUCUAUCAAACGAUGACCAAGAAGACAACAUGCCCGCCGGGAACUUCUACACUUCACGGGGUUUUUGGCGUAAGCUCGAGGGUGACAGACUGCUUUGGGAGAAAGGCAGAGACUUUUCAGUUGACCCUCACGCUCCUCCAAAACCUCAGCGAACAUUCCAGUACAGGGCAACCAACAACAUCAAUAACUCGUCACACACGGUGGGAUGGGACGGCAGAUCCCUUCAUCACUCCAACGUGAAGAGCAGGAGAGUAGCCCACCCACCUAACUUUCCACCUCCUCCAUGUCCUGUAGCAAAGUCUAAUGGGCUUUCGAGGCAUAAUAAGAACAGGAAGUCCUUUGAGUAUGAGGAUGCAGCGCGUCUGACUGCGAAGCAAGCCACGCCGAGAGGCGAGGCCAGGCACUCAGGCCUUUACCAUGCCUACUCUGACGACAAUAUUUAUGAGGACAUUGUUUGUGAAGUGACCAGAGAUAACCCCUAUGAGGAUGUCAAGCUAUCUCCCAUGUGCCUUCCUAUUGCAAGACCUAACGCCCCAAAGCUGCCUCCUAAACCCCAAACAUUGCACGGCUACGCUAGCAAAGUGGAGAGGAAGAGGUUUCAAACAGUAUCGGGAUCCAAAUCCUCAACACUUGCAGAUUCUCCCAAACUAGCUGCACCCCGGCGCACAAGCACCCAAAAAAUACAGAGGACGCCUCAGUACGUCAACAAGAUUGAGACCAUCUUUGAUGACAAGCGAGGGAGGAAGAGAGUGAAGAACCAGGGAGUCGCAGUGCGAGAGGAGACCAGCGGGACAGAGAGCGACCCUGAGGACAACAGCAAAGCUGGCUCCAGGAGAUCAGUUUACAUCCAGUCUACACUGAAACGCCGGCCAGGCUACCGCACCCUGGAGAGAGACUUGAUCCAGCUGCAGCAGCAGCAGCUUUUCCAGAUCUUCGUGGUGGUGUCACUGAGAAAAGGCUCUCCAGGAAACACAUACUCCCCAGAAAUCACGCAGCAGUUCCCUAAAAUGUUUGAGAAGUCAUCCCGGCUCUCCAGAGAGGCUGAGGAUCAGCUGAAGGUCAUUCCCAAGUUCUGCUUCCCCGACUCACAGGACUGGAAGCCCUCUGCACACGCACCAAGCGAGACCUUCUCCUUUGUCCUGACCGGAGAGGACGGCAGCCGCUGGUUUUGUUACUGCCGUAAGAUCUUGCCCAGUGGAAAAGGGAAGAGGCUUCCUGAGGUGCACUGUAUUGUCAGCAAACUGGGCUGUUUCAACCUGUUUGCAAAGAUUCUGGAGGAGGUUGAGAGGCGCAGGGAAAUUUCUCCAGCGUUGGUUUACCCUUUUAUGCGAAGCGUGAUGGAGGCCCCGUUUCCAGCUCCUGGACGCACAGUUACCGUCAAGAGCUUCCUCCCAGGCUCUGGGAAUGAGGUUCUGACUUUGUGUCGUCCAGUGGAUUCCAGACUGGAGCAUGUAGACUUCGACAGUCUGCUGCAGUGUCUCAGUGUCGGAAAACUCCUGCAGGUGUUCGCCUCCAUUCUGCUCGAGAGGAGGGUCAUCUUCAUUGCUGACAAACUCAGCGUGUUGUCUCGGUGCGGCCAUGCAGUGCUGGCGCUGCUGUACCCCUUCACCUGGCAGCAUACCUUUGUGCCUGUGCUACCAGCCAGCAUGCUGGACAUCAGCUGCUCCCCCACCCCAUUCCUCAUUGGGGUGCUGUCACCCUGCCUGCCACAGCUGCUGGAGCUGCCCAUUGAGGAGGUGCUCAUAGUGGAUCUGUGUGCAGACAAGUUUGUCGUUCAGCUGGGCGACGAAGACUGCAUCCUGCCCAGUAAACUGCAGGCGGCUCUGCAGCAGAUCCUAGAGGAGAGGGAAGAAAUCCUGAGCCAGGAGGAUGGUGACAAAUGCGGAGGUCAGCAGGCUGAUCUGAGCUCUCUGGUGUCAGAGGGCUUUGUGCGGUUCUUUGUGGAGCUGGUGGGCCACUACCCUCUCCACAUGAUCGAGUCGUCCAACGGAAGCAGGGAGCUCCAGCGUGACAGCUUCCGCAAAUCUCACCCCUCCCGCGGGGUCCGCCAGUUCUUGCAGCUCUUCAUGGAUACCCAGAUGUUCGCCGGCUUCAUUCAGGACAAAGAGCUGCGCAAGGGAGGAGGAAGAGGUCUCUUUGAGGUCCGAGUGACCGAGUAUCUGGAGUCCUACCCUGAGCCGGAGCCAAGUGGUGUGAACAAGUUUCUGAAAGGACUGGGAAACAAGAUGAAACUCCUACAAAUUAAGUGAAAACGACCCAGGCUUUCAAAUUAAAGACUCUGUAAUUAAAAACAACACUUGCUGCUGCUGGACCAUCCGAGGAAAUGAAUGUGGAUGAGAGUGUUUAUGUGAAUGAGACGGUGAGGAGUUUGGAUACGAGAGGACUGGACUAGUUUUAUAAACAUGUAUGCAUGACUGAGAGCAGUGCACUUCUUAUUGGACGAGAACUGGAAAACAGUUUUUAUAUUUUUAUUUUAAUGUUUUAUGAAGCCUUGAGGACAAGGCACCGUGUCUAUGGAAAACCGCAAAAGAAAAAAAUAUUCCAGCUAUCUCAGUUAUCAGCCUGAACAUCUCUUCGAUUUUGAGUGGAAACAUGUUUACUUAUUUUUUACAUUUACAUUCAGCUCUGCUACAGUGUGUGCAUUUCACAGUAAAUGCAACUUUAAUGCUACAUUUCAGUCUUAAAGUACAACUGCAAAUAAUGUGUAUGGUUCCAACCUCAUGCAUGUUUUCAUUUUAUUGUAAAUAGCAUUAUCUAUGAUCUUCAGCACAAACUGUACAAAAAAAAUUGUGUUUGAAUUUCAGAUUCAAGUCGAAGUUCGUUAACUCUGAUCGGAACAUCUGCAGGUUAAACCUCGUCAAUCAAAAUGAAUAUUUACAUUUUGAGGAAGUCUUUUCUUCUUUUACUUUCUCCUUGUUAACUGGAGUUGUAAAUAUAUAUUUUUAAUUUUACAUUUUGCACAAUGUUGAGGACCAGUGUACAGUAUUUGGAAUAUUUUUGUAUUAAAGCAUGAUGUGUCCUACAUACUUUUUAAAUAAAUGGGUUCCCAAGGACAGUA